CAAAACCCUUUUAAAGGAAAAGAGAAGAAAGAGGUAAAGGGAAGCAUCAAGCCAUCAAGCAAAAGAAAACAGCAGUGAGAAGUCCAAAGCCAAAAACUCCAAAAAGGGGGCAGUGCGACUGUGACUGUGACGGUGACCGUGACUGUGAGAGUGAGGGUAAACAAGGGUUGACUGAGUCUACCGAGUCACUCACUCGCUCACUCACCUACAAUGGAGACCCUGACGGCCACACCCGACACGGGCACGACCGUGCGUGUCUCCAACAUCCCCAUAUCCGCCACCGCCACCGACCUCGUCCACUUCCUCCAAGCCACACUGGGACCCUCCUCCGUCUUCGCCCUUGAGAUCUUCACCGAUCAGAACAACGCCACCUGGAACUCCCGCUCCUUCGGCCGCGUUCAGUUCGAGACACCCGACGCCAAAACCAAGGCCCUCUCCCUCUCCCACCACCCCCGCGACGACCGCAUGAGUGUGCUGCACACCUGGGAACGUGUCAGGGGCUGGCCCAUGCCCGAGAGGAGGAAGAUCGAGUUCUGGGUCCCACAUGAUGGACAGUGCUACAAGCUCGAGAUUUGGUUCGAGGAUAUUCUGGAGGCCAAUGGGUACUGUUUGGGUGGUGGUGACAAACUCAAUGCCCUCCUCUUGAAGCUGAAAUAUGCACCAAAGAUUUAUCAGAAAAAAUUUGGGUCAAAUGUGUCGUCGAAGUUUAAUGCUGCUAAUGGUAGGUACCAUUUCUGCAAGGAGGAUUAUGAUUUUACUUGGGUUCGUACGACAGACUUCUCAGCUAUGAAGGCACUUGGACAUUCUACAUCGUUUUGUUGGGAGAUUGAGGAAGGACCAUUCAAUCAGGAUAUUUUUCGUAGUUUCCCGCUCUACAGAGAAAUUCUGAAAGAUCUAACUCUAGAGGAGGGGGAAGAGUAUUGUUCUCCGGCAGAAAUAGUUCCACUUGUAAACUGUCUUUCUACAGAUACUAAGAUACCGUAUGAGACCCUUUUCCAAUUGAAUUCCCUCAUUCAUACCCAGAAAAUCAGUCUUGCAUCAGUAGAUAGUGAUUUCAUUGACUUGCUAGGAAGUUUAGAUGAAGAAACCAAAGCCCUGAUUUUUCAGAAAUUGCACAAGCUGAAUUCCACUUGUUAUGAACCUCAAAAAUUUGUGAAUACUCAAUUACAUGUGCUAAGUAGUAAGGGUAGAGGUCCUCAUCCAUCAUCGCAGAAAAGGCUGAUGGAGAAUAACAUAAUGAGCUGUCAUAGAGCCUUGAUUACCCCAACAAAGAUUUAUUGUCUUGGUCCUGAGCUUGAAACCUCAAAUCAUGUGGUAAAGCAUUUUUCUCAAUUUGCUUCAGAUUUCAUGAGGAUCACUUUUGUUGAUGAGAACUGGGGUAAGCUUCCAGUUAAUGCUGUAUCAGCUAGUUUGCAAAAGGGAAUCUUUUCAGAACCUUUUAGAACUAAAAUAUAUGAGCGGAUAUUGACUAUUCUUCGAGAUGGGAUUGUAAUUGGUUUGAAAAAAUUUGAGUUUCUGGCUUUCUCUGCGAGUCAACUCCGAUCAAAUUCAGUUUGGGUUUUUGCUUCGAGUGACAAGUUGAAAGCAGCAGAUAUUAGAGAAUGGAUGGGAUGCUUCAACAAUAUUCGCAGCGUUUCUAAAUGUGCAGCGAGGAUGGGUCAGUUGUUCAGUUCAUCAAUGCAAACUUAUGAAGUGCCCAUUCAAGAUGUGGAAAUAAUUCAAGAUAUUGAAGUUGAGACUGAUGGUAUAAAAUACUGCUUCUCAGAUGGUAUUGGGAAAAUUUCCCUCUCUUUUGCAAAAAAGGUUGCUGAAAAGCUAAAAUUGGAUAAGAAUCAGAUUCCAUCAGCAUUUCAAAUUCGGUAUGGUGGAUACAAAGGUGUUCUUGCUGUUGAUCGCCAUUCCUUUAGGAAGUUAUCGCUGCGUGGCAGUAUGCUUAAAUUUGAAUCAAAAAACAAAAUGCUUUGUGUCACUAAUUGGAGUGAUUCAAUGCCUUGCUUUCUCAACCGAGAGGUUAUAUCUUUGCUGUCUACUUUAGGAGUAAAAGAUGAGGCGUUUUUGGCAAUGCAGCAGGAACAAGUGCAUUUGCUAGGAAGGAUGUUGACUGACAGUGAUGCGGCUUUGGAAGUUUUGGAAACCCUAAGUGGAGCUGAUUCUAAAAGCAUUCUAGUGAAGAUGUUGCAUGGAUUUUAUAAGCCGAACAGUGAGCCUUACCUGGCGAUGAUGCUCAAAGCAAAUUAUGCAUACCAGUUAUCUGAUUUGAGAACUAGAUGCCGAAUAUUUGUUCCCAAGGGUCGUAUCUUGUUAGGUUGCUUGGAUGAAACUGGUCAUUUGGAUUAUGGUCAAGUAUUUGUCCGCAUAACUGUGCCCAAAGCUAAGCAACAGUUUGAAGAUGAAAGCUUGAGGAAAGUGGAUGGUGAUGACAGCACUUGUAUACUAGUGGGGAAGGUGGUAGUAACAAAAAAUCCUUGUCUUCACCCUGGAGACAUCAGAGUCCUUGAUGCUGUCUACAGUGAAGAACUAGAGGAAAUGGGUUUGAGGGAUUGCCUUGUAUUUCCACAAAAAGGUCGUAGGCCUCAUCCAAAUGAAUGCUCUGGGGGUGACCUUGAUGGAGAUUUAUUUUUCUUAAGCUGGGAGAAAGAUAUGAUCCCAUCUCACACUGAUUCUCCAAUGGACUACACGGGGAGGAGGCCUCGUAUAAUGGACCACGAUGUGACACUGGAGGUAAUUUAAACAGUCAGAUAAGUAUUUGUUGAUUACAUGAUCAAUGAUACCUUGGGUGCUAUCUCAACCGCCCAUCUGGUUCACGCUGACCGUGAACCAGAAAAAGCCAGGAGUCACAAAUGCCGGGAGUUGGCAGAACUUCAUUCCAUGGCUGUUGACUUUGCAAAGACUGGAGCACCUGCUGAAAUGCCAAGAGUUCUGAAGCCAAGAGAGUAUCCGGAUUUCAUGGAGAGGUUUGACAAGCCUAUGUAUAUCUCCAAAGGGGUACUAGGAAAACUCUACCGUGACAUAACUGAGUUGAAAUUGCAAGUAACAUCAAGCUCUGCCUGGUCAGAGAAACUUGCUGAGCAAUACUAUGAUCACGAACUUGAAGUUGAUGGUUUUGACGCCUACCUUGAAACCGCAUCAAGUCACAAAGAAAUGUAUGCUCAGAAGAUGACUAGUUUAAUGAAAUUCUAUUGUGCAGAGACUGAAGAUGAGCUGCUGACUGGAAACUUGAUAAACCGCGCGUCAUAUUUGCAGCGUGAUAACAGGAGAUAUGGAGAUAUGAAGGACCGGAUCCUGAUCUCGGUCAAGGAUCUUCAGCGCGAAGCCAAAGAAUGGUUUGAAACAAGCUGUGAACCCCGUGAAUAUCAACCUAUGGCAUCUGCAUGGUAUCAUGUGACCUAUCACCCAAAAUAUUACCAGGAAAGCUCCAACUUUUUGAGUUUUCCAUGGAUAGUUGGUGAUAUUUUACUGCAUAUAAAGGCUGUAUAUAGUGGAGUUAACAAAUAGUAGCUUGGUCUAAGGAUUAGGAUCACUCCUUGCCAAAUGAAUACCAGAGGGUCAUGUUCUCAUCUCCACCCUCCAACUUUUACAAUAAUAAUAAUUUAUCCUUCUCAAGUUUAUUUUAAAAAGGAGGAUCAUAAUGUUAAUCUAAGGUUUUCUUUUGGCAAAUUAUAUUCUUGCUUGGUGGUUGGCCCAUUCUCCUACAACCGAAGAUCCUAUUUUUGGUAUUGUAAAUAUAAAAGUUAAUAGAUAUUAUUACAUUAAAAUAUUUGAUUUAAUUAUCUAUUAUCUCAA